GCGUGACCUAGGACUCAUUCAUCUCCAUCAGGCGGCGGCGACGACUGUGGGAAGAAACCUGCGGGAGGAAGGCCGAGCGGGCAAAUCACCCACCGAUGGAGGCGAAAUCGGCGAGCGGUGCCGAGGAGCGAUCCAUGUCGAUCUCCGUGGCAGAGGAAUGCACUGCGGCGGAGGAGGCGCGGAUCAUCAAGAAGUAUCUUUUGGCGGCGUUCAUCAGACAUGCCUUCAACUUCUUCUUUGUGGUGGUUCUUGCUGGCUACAUCAUUUGCAUGUACGGGGCUCUCAAGUAUUAUCCACUGCUUUACGCCAUCGCGGGGAUCGCUUUCAUGUCGCCAUAUUUUAUAAUGAUGCUCAAGAUGUUGCCACUUCUCAAGGGUUUCUACAUUGAAAGAUACGCCACCGACCCCUACCAACGACCAGUCGUGAGGAUGUAAUGUCUUGUCUAACUAAGGGUGCUUUAUCUCACCAGCAGUGAGGUGAACGUUGCUCAUCAAAAGACUGCCCCUCUUAGAACUAGUGCUCAUCAGUUAACUGUGUAACUGUAGCGCAUCUAUGCUACCUCGGAUAUUGAUCUUGUAUAUAUACUUGUCUUCCAUCAUGAGCGCUCUGCGUCCUUGUUAUUUAUCCAGAUUGUUUGUUUUUCUUCCUGAA